AUGCUUUUGCAGAGCCAUGAAUCGCUUCUCCAGGACAUCGUAGCACAUUUGGAGAAUCAAAAAGUGAUUGUCGAACGCAGCGCACAAUGUCGACAGUACAUAGAGAGCAACACAGCAAUGAGCCUUAACCUUUUGACGCAACGUGCUCAAGAGCUUCUCGAAACACUUCGCCGAGCCCCACCACUUUACGAAACUGCGGCACCGGAGGAGUAUGAUGUCGAUGCUGCUGCUGACGUACUUGCUGCACUUUAUCCGGAUACGCAUCCCUACAGUGUACUCGCGGAACACGGAUUCGAAGGUAUUGGAUCGGAUACGGAUUCAAAGAGUGAAUUAGAAUCGAUCGGUGGAUCGUCUUCCGGAUUGCUCUCCCCCUUACCAGAGACAAGCACGGGCCUUGUGGCCCCAUCACAAUUCCAUCGUCAGAGGUCGCGAUGGAGACGGGUUUUACGCACAGCACUACCUCUUCAGGCAAUGCUGGUUCUGCUGUUGGGAGCAGCGUGUCUAGUUCCACACUGCGAUGAUGAGUAUUGCUGUCAACUGUUGAACAAUUUCGCAAGAAGCUUUGAUCCUUCUCUCGAGUUUAUUAAUGGACCUCCGCCUUUCUAG